AUGGAUAACGAGUGGAAGAACGCAAAGUCGAAAUUAGAAAAUCUUUUCACUGACAGCAAGAUGCGUAGUGCAAUCAAAGGUCAACUUCUAGGGAUAGAUAUAAAGAACCGACUUGAAUAUUUUGAAGGAGAUGACGAAGAAAUUAAGGCUUCCCUUAAUACAUUUCUAUUUGUUCAGAAUGGACCUAUCAACCAGCAAGAACGUUAUAUGAGAAGUGCUGGCACAGGCAAGUCAAGAAAUGCUGAAGAAUUUUAUAGAACAGCAAUUGCAUGCCUUUCGGCAGUGUUGUCAUGGGACAUAAUGGGACAUUUGGGACUUAUAUGGGACAUAGUUGGGACAUAUAAUGAGGAUCUUGAACUGAGAAAGAAAAUUGAGGAUGCUUUUGUAUUCAGCGUUGGAUUUAAAAAUGAAAAUAGCUUGAGAUGUGGUGUAGAAUAG